ACAAUACCUAUUUGUUUAUGUUUUCAAAAUAUUUGUGUUUACAGAAAAAGCUAAAUGAUUUCCACUUAUAAGGAUUUUCACCGUUGCAAAGUAAUUGAUUGCAAGCAGGGUGCGGUACGAGCAGUACGCUAUAAUGUUGAUGGUUCAUAUGUCUUAAGUUGCGGAUCAGAUAAGAAGAUCAAACUGUGGAAUCCUAAAACAGGAUUACUACUUAAAACAUAUGGUGGUCACGCAGAUGAGGUUACAGAUGCCUCAGGCAGUUGCGACAGUUGUUAUAUCGUUUCAUCAAGUCUUGAUAAAAGUAUAAUUUAUUGGGAUGUAUCCACCGGUGUUCCAGUACGUCGGUUGCGGGGUCACGCUGGCGGAGUAAGAUGUGUCUGUUUUAAUGAGGACUCUUCCAUUGCAAUAUCCGGUGGACGUGAUAAUGCGGUUUUCUGUUGGGAUAUACGAACACGACGAUUAGAACCCGUUCAAGUUAUGAAAGAUGCACGAGAUUGUAUUACAACAGUUCAAACGAAUGAACACAAAAUAAUAACAUCAUCUUUGGAUGGAUGUAUCCGUCAAUAUGACAUACGUGUAGGGGAAUUAGUGUGUGAUAAAAUCGGGGAGCCCAUUACAUUUUUAAAAUUGACCCGCGACGAACAAUGUAUUGUAGCGGCAUGUCAAGAUAGCACAGUUCGUCUUAUCGACUGCGAUACUGGUAGUCUUUUGUCCGAAUAUAAAGGUCACAAGGCAGAAGAUUUCCAUAUAGAAUGUGGUAUUAUGGCUAAUGAUGCUCACAUUGCCUCAGGAACUAGCGAGGGAUGUGCUGUUGUUUGGGAUCUGCUUGAUGGAAAAAUUUUACAACGCAUUCAAUUAAGUGAAAAUGGAGGAGUUGUUAAUUCACUGAAUACACACCCCAAAGAAAAUGAAAUUGUGUUCACGCGACGUCGAGACUUAUAUGUCUACAAUACAGAUGUUAAUGAAGACGAUAUCGAUAAUGCAACCUCAUAACACCAUAUUUACUUCUUCCCUAUUUUAUAUAUUGUAUUUUUUGACUUAAUGGUUAAGAUAUAAUAAAAUCAAUAUACAGUUAAUAAUAUGUAUUAAAUUUAUUUUCACUUAUAAGCUAAUAGAAAUAUUUAAACAAUU